AUGCACUUCAGCUCUUCCCUCGUGGCCGCCGCCUUGGCUGUCGGCGCAAACGCCGCCCAGUACAAGCGUCAGGACUAUGGCAACUUCAACCAGACUUCGACCGCUCCUUCCUUCAGCUACGCUCCUCUGUCUAGCUCCAGCUCUUCGGUCGUUGCUCCUAUCAACACUGCUGGCUCUUCCUCCGCCUCCUCGGUCGCAAUCCCCCUCUCCACUGGCGCACACGAGAGCUCUGCCGCCGCGGUCGAGACCAGCGCUGCUGCCAGCUCGGUUGUUGCUCCCUUGAGCACUGGUGUCUCUGCUUACCCUAGCAUCAACACCAACGCUGCUUUCGGAACUGGCGCUUACGGAUCUGGUGUUACCUCUGCUCCCGCUGCCGGUGCCACUGGCUCCGAGGUUGUUACUGCCUACACCACCUUCACCACUGAUGUGACUCUUACCUACACCAUUGGUGGCGGAUCGACCAAGUCUGUUGUCACCACCACCAUCCACAAGACCUCUACCGCCUACCAGACCCAGACUGUCUACGCUACCCCUGCCGCUUCUGGUUCGGCUUCGAACGCUGCUGCUGGCUCUGGUAGCGAGGGUGACUCGACCUCAACCACCACUCUGUCGACCACUAGCACCACCACUAACACCGUCAUCGUUUCGCCCACUUCCACCGGCUCUUACUUGAGCUUCUGGGGUGAGAAGGCCGCUGUCACUGGAUACGGCUCGAGCUACGGCGCUCCUGGUACUGGCGCUAGCACCACCGAGGCUGGCUGCGCUCCCGCUUCUACCGUCACCGUCACUGCCAACGAGACCGUCUACAUCACUGUUGACUCCGCCUUGAGCACCAUUGCUCAGAGCACUGCCACCGGUGCCAGCGUUGUCCCCAAGCAGAGCAGCGCUGCUCCUUACUACCCCACCACCUCCGGUGCCGCCAGCUCUUCUAGCUGCGCUUCCACUGGCUUCAUCACCAUCCACAAGCCCUCGGGCGCCUCGGGUGCCGCCUACCCUACCGCUUACUAG